AUGUAUGCUUCAAGUGCACAGGUUGUAUGGAAUGAUUUGCAUGAGAGAUUUGACAAAGUUGAUGGCUCAAGAUCAUAUAAUUUGUAUAAACAAAUUGCAACGAUGAGUCAAGGAACAACUUCUGUAUCUGCAUAUUUCUCAAGACUAAAAGAUCUGUGGGAGGAGUUUGAGGCACUAGUCCCUGCACCUGGGUGUGAUUGCCCAAAAUCAAGAGAAUUUGUGAUUUAUUUGCAAAAAUUAAAACUGUUUCAGUUCUUGAUGGGAUUAAAUGAUUCCUAUGGUCAAGCUAGGAGUCAGAUUCUGCUGAUGAGUCCAAUGUCAUCAGUUAAUCAAGUAUAUGCCAUGGUGAUUAGUGAUGAGAGUCAAAAAUCAGUUGGUAAUAAUGCUGGUUUACUGGGAGCAAAUCCUACAUCUGGAACUAAUCAAUAUGAUGUAGCCAUUGCAAUGAGUGUGAACAAUCCUCAAAACAUUAGACAAGCAAACAAUACUCCUUGGAUGGCCAAUUGCGCUUUCACUAAAGAGCAGUAUGAUCACAUUGUGCAACUACUCAACAAAGAUAAUUCAGCUUCUGCUUCUACUACAGCAACACCAACAACUAAUGCAACAUGUAUUCCUUGUGCUCUAUUAGCCUCUAAUACUCUUCAAGAAUGGAUUAUAGACACAGGGGCUACAAAUCAUAUGGAACUCUUCAGUGGGACGGUGAAAGAGAUUGGUAGAGAAGACAGUGGUUUAUACAUUCUCAGUAGACAAAAAUUACCAGGAAAUAAAGCAAUUAGUUUAAACACUAAGGAGACAGAAAUCAGUAAAGAAGUUAGUUCAAAUGAUAUGGAUCUUUGGCAUAGGAAACUUGGACAUGUAUCUACUACUGUUCUCAAGAAGCUACUAUCUGCAAAUGCACAAGAUAUAUCUGCUAGAUUAGAUCUAUGUACUACUUGUCCUUGUGCAAAGCAAACUAGAAAUCCCUUUCCUAUCAGUAGCAUAAGAACUUCUAUUAUAUUUGAGUUAGUUCAUAUGGAUUUGUGGGGUCCUUACAGAAUCUCUAUUGUUGAUGGUAAUAGACUCUUUCUAACUUUUGGAGCAAUUGUUAAAACAGUUAGGACUGAUAAUAGUACAGAGUUUGUUAAUUUAGUUUGUGAAAAUUUCUUUAAGAAUCUAGGAGUAAUUCAUCAAAAGGCAUGUCCUUAUACUCCUCAGCAAAAUGGAGUAGCUGAGAUAAAGCAUAGACAUAUCUUAUAA